CGACACGGCGCAAACUCCCUUCUUUCAUGCUUUGUACGAACUGACUCGGAUUCCGGCAGCUUCAACACGAGCUCUGCACCACGCACGCCCAAGUCGCCGAGUCCACCGCAACAUGGCCGACAUGCAGCUCGACGAGAUCCCCACGCUCAGCCUGCUGUACAAGCUCUCCCGCAUUCCGCUGGACGCAGACCACCCGUCGCCGUGCGAACCGAACGCGGCAUACAACGACAAGAUCUCCAUCAUCAAGGCAGACAUCACCUCCCUUGUUGUCGACGGCAUCGUCAACGCCGCGAACGAGGCCUUGCUCGGCGGCGGCGGCGUCGAUGGCGCCAUCCACCGCGCAGCGGGGCCCGACCUGGUGAGGGAAUGCCGCGGGCUCAAUGGCUGCGAGGCAGGCGAUGCCAAGAUCACCGACGGCUACAAACUCCCCUCGGAGAAGGUCAUACACGCCGUGGGUCCGCGCUGGUACGCGCUCAGCCCCGAGGACGCCGAGGCGAAGCUCAAGAGCUGCUAUCGCCGCGGGCUGGAGCUGGCCGUCGAACACGACCUGAAGAGUAUCGCGUUUCCGGCCAUCAGCACGGGCGUCUUCUCGUACCCCAACGUCAAGGCCUGCAACGACGCCUUGUCCGAAGUGCGCAAGUUCCUCGACGAGGGAAAGGGCGACGGGCUGCAGCGCAUCAUCUUCUGCAACUUUCUGCAGAAGGACCAGGAUAUAUAUUACAAGCACGUCUCCAAGCAUUUCCCUCCCGUGCCCGCGCCCGCGCCCGAAGAGACAAACGCCGCCGCAAAAACCUCGACCGACGAGGCAGAUAUCGCUGCCAAGCUACCCGAUCCUCCCACAUCAGAGCCCAAGGACCCCGAGGAGCCUUCGGCUAAGAAGCAGAAGACCGAAGCGGCGGCCGAUGAUCUCGUUGCCGUGGACAAGGACGAGGCGAAGGGCACACCAAAGGGCGAGCUCUAGAGCUCCCCAGGGAAAAAUUAUGAGAUACCACGACAUUCAUGGCAAGGCGUUAUAGCGAAAUUGCAGCAUGGUUUGCAUAUACCCUCGGUCCUGGUUCACCGCCGGCGAUCAGCGUUGCUUAGGUAGGAAUACAGACAUCACUCUGAUGAAACUUGACAUCAAGUUCUAUCAUCACUUCAAGCUCGGUAAGUCAACGGUGAGCCCAGAAAGUCUUAUGGUGAGCCUCCUGUCCGACACCUUACCAAGCCAAGCACGCCUG